UCUACCACAGCUUGUAAAUUCGUUUGGAACAAUGGCCCUUAAGAUUUUCGUUGCAUUCACAUGUUGCCUGGUACUGGCUGUGGUUACUGCCUCACCAUAUGGACAUCAUGACCACGGUCAUGAGGAUCAUAGCGCUUCCAGUCACGCCUCUGUACAUUUGGUCUCACAUGACGAUCAUCAGGACCAUCACGAUCAUCAUGGACAUGGACAUGGAGAUGAUGAUGGUCAUGACUCGCAUGCUGAAUACAAAUUUAGCUAUGGCGUUAAGGACAAGAAAACAGGCGAUGUGAAAGAGCACAGCGAGCAUAGGGAUGGUCAUAAAGUAACCGGACACUACGAGUUGCUCGAAGCGGAUGGUCAUAAGCGAACUGUCCACUAUACAGCUGAUAAGCACAGCGGUUUCCAUGCUGUUGUACAUCGCGAACCCACACACCAUCACGUUCCUGACCAUGGCCACACCAGCUACUAUGGUGGGCACGCAGAGGUCGAAUCCCACGAUGGCGGACAAGAUGAAGGACAUGGUCAUGGUCAUGGUCACGGUCAUGGUCACUCCAGUAGUUUCUCCCUUAAGCAGGAACAUGGUGUUGCUUUCCAUCAUCAUGGCGGAGACGAGGGUGGACAUGGUCAUGGUCAUUAAAGGGCUGAAUUAAGAUUAAUUGAAUAUGACGAUUAUGAACUGACAUUUGUUUUUUGUUG